GUGGAGUUGUGUGAGUGGCAGCGGUAUCAGAAUCAGGAGCAGGAGGAGAAUUGGAAGUUGCAGCUUAAUCCCCUCCCUCCCUGCCUUCCUUCCCCACCCAGUUGACGACGAUCUGUGGCGAUGAGGGAGGAAGGCCCAGGGAGGGAGCAAACGGAACUGGGCGCCGUGGCGGCGGAGAUCACGGGGUUCGGCGGAACUGGGAAUCCCACGUCAGUCAUGGCAACGCAAUAAUCUCUGCUGCUGAAACGCACUGCCAUCACAGAUUCCAACCUCAUUGCCCCCCCGCGCUCCAUCGUCGUCGUGUAGUCACGGCUCCUCCCGAUGCGUGUGCGUUACCCUUCCAUCCAUCUGGCGUAAGGCCGGGACUUUGCUGACCCUUCUCCUCCUCCUCCUCCUCGCCAGCAUCGCCUGUUACCAGUGCUCACGAAGAAGAGGAGCAAUGUAGCACCAGCCUGGUCCAGCCUGCCCUGCCCUGGCAUGCCCACUCGAUGGAAUGCGACAACUCGCUGCUCAUCCCCCACCCCCUCCUUCCCUCUGCUACUGUCCCUACUGUCGUUGCUGUGUUACCUAUCACCCGCUGUGCUGCUGCUGCUGCAGCGCGUUGCCUCUACUGCACCCCAAUUGAAGCUCAGCUCACGCUUGUGUCUACCAGAGUAGACCAUAACUGGCUCGUUUAGUUCAAUCUCACGAUUGCUGGUGUGACGGUGCGGACUUGGGUUGGUGGGAUUCGGAGAAUUGAGCAUUGCCUGGUGGGCAUUGGCCAGAGACGUACACUGUAGUCUUUCAGGCGCGGUUUCGGUGAAGGAUGCGAGGGUUUCAGUGAGGCUUUGUUGGAGCGAAGAGUCAUUGUUUUGGUUCGAUACCGUCAGGACGGCGGCGAGAGUAUGUGCAAUGAAAACUAAACAUGGAAGGAACUGGGUUCUCCGCGUUACCGUUCUAGUUUUGUGCUGCGUCUUGGCGGCAGUAGGGGCGCCCGACGAUGGUGCUGUAUUGCAGGACUUUCUGAAAGGGGUUGCAAAUGGUGCGAGCCUGGGGUGGACUGGGACGGACUUUUGUGCAGGAUGGACUGGGGUGGUCUGCUCCGGCGGCAACGUUGUGCAGCUACGGCUACGCGAAGCAGGUCUCGGGGGGACGGUCACGUCUACUCUCAAUCAGAUGACGGACUUGACGUAUCUGGAGCUCAACGGCAACAGCUUCACAGGUGCAAUGCCGUCCCUCGCAGGCAUGGCCAACUUGCAGAACAUAUUCUUGCACCAGAACAACUUCACCAGCAUCCCGGGAGAUUUCUUCCGAGGGUUGACAAACGUCGUCAAUUUGUACAUCGACAGAAACUUGGGUUUGAAUGGGACUGCGGGAUGGACCAUCCCUGAGGAUAUCACUGCGUCCACGAAGCUCACGAAUCUCUCUGUGGCUUCGACCAACCUGAACUCUCUUCCGGAGUACCUCGGCACCAUGGCGAGCCUGCGCGUCCUGUUGGCAGCCUACAACAACAUCCCGUCUAUUCCAGCGUCUUUCGCUGGGUCUAACAUUGAAGUGCUGCAAGUGAACAAUCAGGCGGGGAUGAAAGGCACUAUGGCGCCAUGCGGGGCAAUGCCGGCGUUGAGGGUCUUGUGGCUGCAGGUGAACCAGCUUACAGGUCCCAUACCCGAUGGCCUCGCCGCCUCCACAGGGCUUUCGGAUCUUCGUUUAAACGACAACCGUCUCCUUGGGCAGAUUCCUCUUGAUCUGGCCAAGUUGCCGCUCACAACAGUUUUCUUGAAGAAUAACUUUCUCAGCGGCCAGCUUCCUUCUUUCCCAGUUGUGCCGACCUUUGACGAUGUCGAUUUCUGCUCCACCGAUGGCACGCAAUGUUCUGUCGAGGUCGCAGCGUUGAUACAGUUCCUGAAAGGUGUUGGCUAUCCUCAGUCCAUUUCUGAGGCCUGGACCGGAGCAAACCCGUGUGGGUGGAUCGGCAUAGGGUGUUCUGGAACUAGUGUUGUCAGCAUUUCUCUUGCGUCUUCCGGUUUGACGGGAACCAUUUCGCCGUACUUAGCAAACAUUACUACGUUGAAAUCAAUCCUCCUAAACAACAACACUCUUACUGGGUCUGUACCUAAUCAGCUCACCACCUUGCCAGAUCUAGUUACCCUCGAUAUAAGAAAUAACAAUAUUUCCGGCGAGAUCCCCAAGUUCCGACCUGGAGUCACCUUUCAGAGCUCAGGGAACCCUUUUCUCGGUACCGUUCUACCACCCACCUCUCCGUCUCCAGGAACGCCCGGCGCUACUCCUAAUACCCCUGGCGGCGCCAGCUCCUCAUCCUCAUCUUCGACGUCGGUGGGUGUCAUUGUGGGUGCUAUUGUUGGAGCCCUAGCUUUGGUUACUGUUGUUGCACUUUUGGCAUUCUGCUUUUUCAGGCGAAAGAAGAAGAAGAAGUACUCGGCGCUAAUACAAGGACAGAACACGGUUGUGCAUCCGCGAGGAGACUCGGGCUCGGAUCCCGAGCUGGGCAAGACAUUGGCAGAGUACCGCGCCAAUGACGGCACGAGAACUAACUACAGCGGUCCCAGCGACAUGCAGGUGGGUGAGGGUGACAGCCUCGGAACCUCUUACGAAAUCCUGCGAGAUGUGACUGAAGGUUUCGCCGAGAAGAAUGUGCUCGGGAAGGGAGGCUUCGGAGUUGUCUACAAAGGAACAUUCCCCGAUGGCACAAUGGUCGCAGUUAAAAGAAUGGAAGCCGCUGUGAUGAGCAAUAAAGGGCUUAAGGAAUUCCAGUCAGAGAUUUCGGUGUUGUCGAAAGUGAGGCACAGAAAUCUCGUAGAGCUCAAGGGAUACUGCGCGCACAGGAAUGAGAGGCUCCUUGUGUACGAGUACAUGGCACAGGGCACUCUAGCCCAGCACCUCUUUGAGUACCAGGCCAUGGGUGUGAGACCGCUAGAGUGGACGAGAAGGUUGAGCAUUGCCCUGGAUGUUGCGCGGGGGUUAGAGUACCUUCAUGGAUUGGCGCACAAGAGCUUCAUACACCGCGAUUUGAAGCCAUCCAACAUUCUACUGGACGACAAGUAUGCUGCCAAGGUAUCGGACUUCGGUCUUGUGAAGCUGGCGCCUGAGAAUAACUUCUCUGUCGAGACGAGGCUGGCGGGUACCUUUGGGUACUUGGCUCCGGAAUAUGCAGUGACGGGUCGUGUGACCACAAAAGCGGACGUCUUUAGCUUCGGCGUUGUUUUGAUGGAGAUGAUGACUGGUAGGAGAGCUCUAGAUGAGACGGAGGCUGAGGAGAACAUGCACCUCGUCACGUGGUUCCGACGAACCAACACUAGCCCAGAGACGUUCGCCAGGUGCAUCGACCCAACCAUCACCAUGACCGAAGAAACCCUCAAGAGUCUCAACGUCGUAUCAGACCUAGCGCUUCAGUGCACUGCCCGGGAGCCGUAUCAGCGGCCAGACAUGGGCCACGCAGUGAACAUCCUGAAACCUUUGAUAGAGCAGUGGAAACCUGCGAAAUUCGUCGGAGAGGGUAGUGAAGAAAUAGACCUACAGCUCACGUUACCGGAAGCUUUGAAGCAGUGGCAGGAUUUGGAAAACGAUUCUUUCUGUGGGGUGGAUGACAGCAGGGCAAGUAUCCCUCAAAAACCUCUCGAUUUUGGUACUGCAGUUGAUGGACGGUGAUGUUCUCACCUUUGUUGGUCCAAAGUAGAGCAUCUAGUCGGAGCCAGGCAGGUUAAGCCAAGUGAAUGCAUCAAGUGGAGAUUACUUGGGAGAUUAGGAGGAGUUUUGCGUUUUCGUCAUCAGGCACUCCAGACUUGUAGAUGGCGGCUGUAGUUUCUCUUUCAUAGCUUGGUGUUGUGUGGAUUGGACACGAUGCACCCUGAGGCAAAGCCACAGUUUAUUUAGUUUUUUCUAACUUUUAGUUCUUAGUUUUUUAGUUUUCUUUGGGGGGCUUUCUCCAUUUCACUCUUCAUGAUACCUCAGUUUUGGACAGGUCUGUUUUGGCAAAUGUUGCAGCUGCAGGGCAAGACUGUACAUUAUUAUUCCUCAGUUGUAACACGAUUUGGGUUUUCAUGGUUGCUCUCCCUCGCCAAA